GAGGUUGCAUAAUGAGGUAAAAGGCUAAACCGAUGCUACUACAAUUUACACUGGCCAGUGGGGGGGCCAGGGCAUAGCCAGGGGUGGCAGUGGCCACCCUCGGCCACCCCCUGGUGGCGCCCUUGUUCAUAUAACGUAAUAUUUUAAUUUGAUAUACUUACUUAACCAGACUUCAUGUUGAUAAAACUUUUUGGUCAUUAAAGUAUCAGGCACCUUUCCAUACCCUCUUUUUGUGCCAAGUAAACCAGCUUCAUGGGCAAAUACAGGUCCAUCUAUCAUUUACAUCCAGUGACGCUCACCCACAGAAAUGUUAAUUAAGGACAAGUGGGAAAAAUAAACCCAACUGCAGAUGUUAAGAGCAUAGUUGAUAACAAGGACAUUCGUUGUCCACUUAUAAAUCUCAGCAGAGCUUUGCUAAAAGUACUGGUUCAGACAGUUAGCGAGUUAAAUUGGAACAUUAGGGUUGUUACGUUGUAAAUUGCAUAUGUAAUUUAAAGCGAAUCUCUAAGUUUUUAACUGCAGAUGUUAUUUGAAAGUAAAAUGUAAAUUCUAUGUUUACAUGUUUUGGUAAUAGAUGGCUUCAGCAGCAAAAUAGUGGCACACGCUACUAUGCCAGUGAAAAACAAUCUGUCAAUUUAUGAAAAUGGGUACAGACGUGCAGUCGUUACUUAUGGAAUGUGGGACCAGGUCAGAGUGGACCAUGGAACAGAGUUUUAUCUCUGUUUGUUUGUUCAGGAGUUGUUGGCUGAGCAUAGGCACAACCGGGAGAGACGGCCAUACAUUCAGACAACAUCAACUAAAAACCAUACAGUGGAGAGAAUCUGGCCUGAAAUAAACCAAAGGGUGAAUGACCCUGUUAAAAUGGCACUUGUUCAAAUGGUCGACCAAGAGGUGCUAGACAUGGACGAUCCAUUGAUGAGAUACUGCACAUCAAAUUUGAGCUGUAAGGUCAGCAGCAUAGGAAUGACAAGAGCAGUGCAGGCAUGGAAUGCCCAUCGUAUUCCAGGAAAGGGGAUUCCCAAUGUCUUGGCACAAGAUGGUUGCCGUAAGCGGGUGCCUGAGGACCUUCUGCCUGGACCCUCUGAAGCUGCAGACCGUUACCAGCAAGAAAUGGGAAAUUCACUAACCAGGGAGUCACUGUUUGGCACUUGCCCAUUUCGCUCAGAGGAAGAGAGAAUUGGAGCUGAAAAACAGUUCAGUGUCCUUCACCCUGACAUUGCAGUUCUGUUUAACAGCACUGUGAAUCGACAGUUUAGAGAAUUUCAGGAGUCUUUAAUAGACCUCAUAGAUAUAACUAGAAGAAAUGUGUAACCUGCUUAUUAUGCUUGCUUUCUUUGUUCAUUUUAAUUUUAUUAGUAUUUUUAGCCAGGUUUUUGUUGCAUUUUUCAGCUACCCAUGUUGUUUUAUGUAAAUGUUAAGAUUACUAACUUUACCUUUUUUUUUUCCUGAGUUGUUGUUGUUACGAUUGAAAAAAAAAAAAAAACAAACUCAAAAGAACAUAGGCUCUUCCUAAGCUUCGUGUAUUUCAGCAGCUUUGUUUCCUAUAGUGACUAUCAAUGGGCUGGUCAUGUUUUUUCCAAAAACAUAAAGAGAAUAAAAACCUGACUGAAAAAA